UGGCGCUAGAUUGUACUGUUACGUCACACUACAUUUUUAACUAAUUACUUGGACAUAUUCGUGCAAUCUCAUUCAUAACACAAUCGCUCUCGAGAACCGUCGAUGGACAUUUGAUCAGUGAUGUCUGUAUUUCAUGAUGAAAUAGAAAUCGAGGAUAUGGAGUAUGAUGAAGAAUCUGAAACGUAUUCCUAUCCUUGUCCGUGUGGUGAUCGAUUCCUAAUUACCAAGGAGGAUUUAUUGUGUGGUGAUGAUAUAGCACGAUGUCCAAGCUGUUCUCUCUACGUGCGUGUUAUCUAUGAUAUGGAAAAUGUACUUCCCAACCUGAAAGAAUCAUCAGCUGAAAUAAUGGUUUCCUAAAGAAUUUCUCUCUAAUAAUUUCAAACAAAUCUCAACUGGCAAACAUUUUUCGAAUUCAUUCUUUUGAGUCAUGAUCACUAUAAGAACCUCAUGAACGACCUUAACCUAAGCCAUUUUCAUCUGUCUUCAAAAAACUAACUUUCAGUUCAUAUUUUUC